AUGUCAGCAGUAAGAACCCGAACACGAACCCAACACGAUGGCGACAAAACAUCGUCAGCCUCAGAAUCCACCCCCUUUCAUAUACACCACCCUACAAGUGGUUGGUCUCUGACAUGGCGAGGUACCAGAUCACCUACUAAUCCACCCUCACGUCCACCAUCCAGGUUUAAUACUCCUGGAAGGAGAUUAGUGGAGGAUUCUGACCCCGAAGAACCAUCAGCUUACCCUCAGAAUCCACUCGCUGUACCAGCAAACUUCAACCAGAGGUCCACCCGUUCGCCAACACCACAACUACCAACUAUGCCUAAUACCCCAAGCCCUCCCCCUAGGUCACCACCUGGCGAAACCAUACCAGACACUCCGACACCUCCACCAUCCCCUCCCUUCCGGAAUAUCACCAACAUGGAACGAUACUCUUCUGAGUUUGUAUGGCGGAUGAAUUGGCCGCAGAUCCUACUGAGUGACAAUCCCGACGCUCCUUGCAGGAACAUAUGGCGAAUGAUAAGGAAUCGAUACGCCUCUAUUGCUGCCCAGCCAUACCCCACCCCUGCUACUAAUCCACAGACACAACCACCAACCCAAAGAUCCUCUCCUGAGUCUUCGUUAAGAAGAACCCAGAGAUACGAAGAUCUGAGCCAGUUUUUUCAGACCAAACCUACAGGAGCAUCUCAGGGCGACAGUAACAAGGAACAACCAUCAAGCUUACCCAUGGAGACCUUGAUAAUCCCACCUAGGUCUUCUCCCAGCGACGAAGUCGUGUUCAAUACCAACGAUAGGCGAUCUGGGGACAUAGGAAACGAUCGGAGCUUCUGA